AGCAGUUGACGCCAGCCCCCAUUGUUCCGCUCCGCACCACGGAAGACGAAGCGCAGCAGCCACGCCCCGAAAAAGGCAGAAGAAACGCGGUGCCUCGAGCCAUCAGAUGCCCCACCCCACCCCACCCCACCGUGUUGAUCUAGGAGUUGGAGUCGGACGGCGCUGGGAGUCGCCGAGUCGGGGCAUGGCAUCCAUAGCCAUACAUCUCCUCGCGGAGCCUGGGGCGGAGCUGUCACCACCAUGCCCAAUCCUAUCGCACCAAGGAGGACUCUGCCUCGUGCUCCUCGUAGUCUUCGUACCCACCCCUCCACGCUUCCCCUUUCCUUGCACGGUCCCGAUCCCUAGCCCUGCCCCUCUCCUCCAGCGCCGCUCGCCAGCUCUCUGCCCCCGCCGCGCCCAGAGAUGCAGAUCCCCCACCGCCGUUACCGCUGGGUGAAGGAGUGGGUCUCGCAAGAACUGGUCGUCGCCGGAGGCCCCUGCGUGCUGUACAAGUGGGUGCGAGAGGACAGACUAGCAGCUUUGAAGGCUAAGGACAAGAAGCAUGGGGCAGAAUCUGCAACUCCUGAACCCAACUCUGAGGUUCUCUUCCUGUGCAGCUACGAAGGAUGUGGGAAGACAUUUUUUGAUGCAGGGGCUCUUAGGAAGCAUGCUCACGUCCAUGGGGAGAGGCAAUAUAUCUGUCACUAUGAGAACUGUGGCAAGAAAUUCUUAGAUAGUUCUAAGUUGAAGAGACAUUUUCUUAUUCAUACAGGAGAAAAGAAUUUUGUGUGCCCACAUGAAGGUUGUGGGAAGGCUUUUUCGUUGGAUUUUAAUUUAAAGGCACACAUGAAAACACAUUCUGCAGAUAACUAUCAUGUGUGCCAGUACCCAGAAUGUGGCCGAAGAUUUACACAAGAAUCAAAACUAAGAGCUCAUAUCAGGGCACAACAUGAGAAAAAUCCAGGUGCUUCGGCUAUGAACCAUAGUGCAAUUGGAGAACAGCAUCAGCCCCCUAAGCCAGCAAAGGUCUCAGCAACGCCUCCAGCUCCCUCAGCUGAGCGCCCUUACGUCUGCCCCUACGAUGGUUGCGACAAGGCAUACAUCCACGAGUACAAGCUGAACCUCCAUUUGAAAAAGGAGCAUCCCAACCACUACCAGGAUGGUGGUCCACAAGGCGCUGCCCCUUCAAAGCGCAGCAUCUCGAAGAGUUCCCAUAGGAGCAGACCGGACAUCACUGCUAGAAUGCCACCAGCCAAGGUCUCCAAGCGCAAAGGAGGGUACGCAGCGCCAUCGCCAGCUGUGAACCUCCCUGAGGAGCACCUUCCCGAGGAGCAGCAGUGGCCAAGGAAAGUGAUGUACGAGGAUGACAGCGAGGAGACCGAGGAAGAAGAGGGGGGCAACAAUGUCGAGGAUAGAUGGAACUACAACAGAGUUGCUAGUAGCGAUGACGAGGAAACCGAAGACGAACAAUGAGCUUCUAGCAGGCGUCCAUCUGUUCUGUAGUUGUGCAUAUACCAUAAAUUUUAAACUUUGAGGGUUAUAGCUUUUGCAUACAUGUAAAAUUUUAAAAUAAGGCGGACUUGUUGUAGACAGCAUAGGUUGUAGGUGGUCUGCCCCUUCUCAAUCAGACAUGCCAUGAGUUCAGAAAGGAUAAUGGAUCAUUGUUCUCGUUUCGCUUGUUUUUGUGUUUGUGUUUGUGCCUUUUGGUUCGUUAUCACAGAUGAGUUAUUACUGUAACCCUGAUUUCAGUGUUUGGCAAUCAAUCUCGUCAGCCUUACAUUUGUAA